AUGCCUUCACAAUGGGUAAGGAAAGGAGGCAAUGGCAGUGGAGAUAAGUCAACUGGUGGUGAAUUGGACAUUAUUCCAUACGAUCUUAAUAACAAAUAUGUGCAGUUUGUUAUACUUAUUCUGGCCUGCACGAUAUUGGGUUGUGCUCGUAUAAAUGCCUCCUAUGCACCUGGCACCGUUGUGGACAUACAAUUGGGCGAAGCCGAGGUUGAACAAUUCAAAUAUAUACCAACACGAGAUGGCUAUGAAUUUGGUUAUACUCUUCCCAAUGGCGCUCAUCGGGAUGAGGUGGCCAAAGUUCUUAGUGGCACAUCGGCAGCUAAAGAUCUGGAGAACGCAAAUGAAUUGGCUAGAAAUCAUCGCCCCUCACGUACCCAGGGUCUGAAGAAUCGCAAACUUUCUGGCAAAUCCUUAUCCUCGUUGGCCGGUUAA